AUGGAUUUUCAUUUUAGAGUAGAUGAACAUUUAAGAAAAAAACUAGCAGAAAUAGAUAAUUCAGCAGGCAUAAAUAAAAAUGAAAAGAAAGUACUAGCUUUGGAAAUGGCAAUUCAAACAUUUUUAGCCGGAUUAUUCCCACAGAUAGCAAUAUACCUGCGUCAAGCCGAGUACGUUGACUUUCAGGCAACCGCUAAAGCAGCAUCAGAUACAGAAAAGACCCUAGAAUCAAUGAGUAAUAUAAAUAACAAGUUUAAAACACUUAACAAUACAGACUGUCAUGCCACACAAAAUAAUCUAACUACUGAUCUAACAAACAAUUCACAAAAUAAUAACCAAAAUGCCCACACAAAUCCAAACAGGACAAAUAAAUACUGCGAUUUUUGUAAGAGAAAUAAUCAUAAUGGGGAAAAUUGUAGAUACUUAAAGAACGAAAAGUCUAAAAAUAACGGUAACAACAAUAAGAACUACAACAGAAAUAAUAAUAAAAACAAUACUGACUCCAACGGCAAUUACCAUAAAAAUAAUAAUAAUAAUGUUAAUCAGGCGCAAUGUAAUUACUGUAAGAAUUUCGGGCACGUAGAAAAAGCUUGUCGUAAGAGAAGUUUUGACCUAGGUAGAUAA